UGACUCCCUGUGGUCACAAAAAAUCCCAGGAUGUCUUUCGAAAGAGUAGGGGUGUAACUAUAAUCACUGGCUUGCAGCAAAGGCUGUAUACGCAUACAUAUACGCAUAGUCGAGAAGGGUGACCUCCGACCCGGCGCAGGAUGGAGCUCCUCUUCUCUUAUAUCUAAAUCCCCCGGCAUGUUUUUUUUUUUUUUUUUCAAACUUCUAAUUUUGACUCUCAUUUUCUUCUGUGUUUGUCAAUUCACAUGUUAAAAACUCACAAUGUUUGGUGUCUAGGCUCAUGGCGUCCUGGACACAAAUAUUUUAACAAUUCAUUAAAGAGGAAUCACUGGCCUUCUGAGAUUUUGGAAUGAAAAUAAAGGUUUGAAAGGCCUGCAUUAUGGCGUGUGCACGGCAAUCUGCUGUUGAGUUCCUCAAAAACGCCAGGAGAAACCUGGUGACCCAUAUGAAGGACCUUCCUCUGAUCAUUGAGAAUCUUUAUCAGAAGAAGGUUUUCAAUGAACAUGAGGUCGAUGCUCUCAAAGCUGAGAGGACAGAGUUUGAUAAAGCCAGAUGUAUAUUGGAUUGGGUCAUUAACAAAGGGGAAGAGGCCAGUUAUGAAUUACUCAGGAUUUUGGAUGUCAUUAAGAAGAGGACAUUGCAUCCUGAUUUACACUCCUGGAUCUGCUGUUUUCCCUUCAGAUGGGAAGAGGAAGAGGUCAGCCUUGCAUUUGGUACAAAGCCCUGUCAAAACUACCAGUCAGCGCUCAAGAAGAAAGCAAAAAGGAUCCUGAAGGACCAAAGGGAACGUUGCUGUAAAUAUCCGGAUGACAAGGCACAAGGAAACUUCCAUUUUAUACCUGUUGUUUUAGAGAGAGACUCUGUGGUGAAAACUCCUCAAUGCAAAAUAAAAUGGAAAAACAGAAAAUGCAAAAAGCUGCGACCCAAAAAGCUGAGAGCAUACAUUCCUACUGAGAAACAAACACUUUCACCUGUGGAUCUGCUGAGAUGCCAAGAGAAGAGCAUCCUCCUCAUAGGCAAACCUGGAAUAGGAAAGACUACAGUCGUCCAGGAAGUGUUGCGUCUGUGGGCAGAGAAAGAGGACCGAGAGCUGGACUACAUGUUCUACUUUGAUGAAGGUGUUUUGGCGCACAGUUCUAGUGUUGAUGAUUUGGAGUCUUUUUUGUUUAAAGUGUAUUUGAAACCAAUGGAUAAAGACAGAAAAGACGUUUUUCAAGAUAUUGAGGAAUACUCUGAGAAUGUUGUCAUUGUAUUUGAUGGAGUAACUUGUGUGCAAGAAAAUUCUGUCUUAGAGAAGAUCAUGGAUCACGAGCUCCUACCUGAAGCAAAGAUUAUAAUUACAUGCAGAUCAGAAGUAGAAGAUGAGCCUCUUUUCAACUGGCCGACAUUGAAAGUGUAUGUCCAAGGAUUCAGUGAAGCGUCUAUCAACACUUACUAUCAGAAGAAGUUGGGUCACGAUCCUGAUCUUCUAGAUGUUGUUUUGAAGAAUCAAGAGCUGUUCAGUCUCAGCCAUGUGCCAAUGUAUGCAUUCAUGAUUGUCACGUUCAUUCCAUUUAAAAAUGACACAGAUUUCAAUGAUUCACACACAGUCACAGAAAUGUACAUCCACAUUUUCCGUCUUGCACUGAAGAAACAUAAAAAAAUGAAAACAGUUAAGCAAAUAGAUAAAUAUCUGAUAGAGAACAAAGAUCAUGUUCAUCUCUUGAUGGAAGAUGCGUACAAUGCAACUAAGCAGAAAACCCUGAACCUUCCAGACAUAAGCAGUUAUGAGGACGAUAUGUGUCAUGUUUUUUUGAAAAUGAUCACAACCACAGACUCAUUAUCUUCAGCAACGACGUACUGUGCGUUUCUCCACAACACAAUGCAGGAGUUCUUCUCAGCUUUGUGGCUUCUUGGACAUCCAGAUGAAAUUGAGAAAGUCCUACAACUCUGUCAGACUGAGGAGAGUAAACACAUGAAACAUGUUCUUCCCUUCCUAUGUGGACUUCUGGGAGAACACAACAUUAAACUCAUCAAGUGUCUCUUCCCAGAGGAUCAGAUAAAGAAAACAUCUGACUGGUUCAUUGAGAAGUUUUUGGAAACGUUCCUCCAAACUCAGAGUGAAAGUGAAGAGUUUGAUCUUCUCUAUGUGUGUCAGUGCUUGUAUGAGCUCCAGUCUCCUAAAGCGUGCUUCAUGUUCCUGGAGAAGAUGGACCAUCAGCUCGAGCCUGAAGAGGAUCUCGACCCUCAUCAGUGUUGUGCUUUGGCUUACGUGAUCACUCAGUCCAGAGAUAAAGAGGUUUAUCUGAAUCUGGAGGACUGUAACAUGACUGACGCAGGAAUGAACAUGAUGCUCAGCUGCUCACCCAAGAUCAGAUUAAAGGUUUGGAAAGAACCACUGAAGCAAAUCUCAUUCUUCCGAGAAUUCUUCCAUAAAGCAUCUCUGUGCAGUUGCUCCUUUUUUGCCAUGAGACACGAUAACAACCCAAAACUGUGUGAUAUUCUGCUGGAUCUUUGCUCACAUGUGAAGAACUUUGAGACUCAAACAGGCAGGAGUUUCCUUCCAGCAUUACAGUCAGUUUUCCAGUCUCCUGAUGUCUGGAUCAUAGAUCUCUCACAGAGAAAGACCUCCGUCCUCCUGGAAGUGCUGAAACUCCAGACAGAGAAGAAACCAGUAGAGCUGAGAGGAUGUUCAGAGGAAGAGCGUGAAAUGAAGAGUUUCCUUCAGUGUCUGUCCUACAUCUCACAGCUGAGGUUUAGGUUCUAUUAUUAUAAUCAUGAAGAAAUGAAGAAGUCUGCAGUGAAACUCCUGCUGAAUCUCAGUGUUGCUGCAGGUGAAAAUGUCACAGUUACAGGAACAAGAUUCUCUACUCUGCUGUCGUCUGUGUGCAGUUACAAAACCUUCCCUUUUGACCUAGAGUGGUAUGAUGAUGUUGAUCAGUGUGAUUUCCUGCUGGAUCUUUGCUCACAUGUGAAGAACUAUGAGACUCAAACAGGCAAGAGUUUCCUUCCAGCAUUACAGUCAGUUUUCCAGUCUCCUGAUGUCUGGAUCAUAGAUCUCUCACAGAGAAAGACCUCCGUCCUCCUGGAAGUGCUGAAACUCCAGACAGAGAAGAAACCAGUAGAGCUGAGUGGAUGUUCAGAGGAAGAGAGUGGAAUGAAGAGUUUCCUUCAGUGUCUGUCCUACAUCUCACAGCUGAGGUUUGGGUUCUAUUAUUAUAAUGAAAUGAAUAAGUCUGCAGUGAAACUCCUGCUGAAUCUCAGUGUUGCUGCAGGUGAAAAUGUCACAGUUACAGGAACAAGAUUCUCUACUCUGCUGUCGUCUGUGUGCAGUUACAAAACCUUCCCUUUUGAUCAAGAGUGGUAUAAUGAUGUUGAUCAGUGUGAUUUCCUGCUGGAUCUUUGCUCACAUGUGAAGAACUAUGAGACUCAAACAGGCAGGAGUUUCCUUCCAGCAUUACAGUCAGUUUUCCAGUCUCCUGAUGUCUGGAUCAUAGAUCUCUCACAGAGAAAGACCUCCGUCCUCCUGGAAGUGCUGAAACUCCAGACAGAGAAGAAACCAGUAGAGCUGAGAGGAUGUUCAGAGGAAGAGAGUGAAAUGAAGAGUUUCCUUCAGUGUCUGUCCUACAUCUCACAGCUGAGAGCAUCUAAAGAGAGUCUCCAGAAGCUGGUUGAAUGUGUCUAUGAAGCUCAGGAAGAGGAACUGACUCAGCACUUCCUGCAGAAAGUGGGCGGAGAUCUGACUUCCUGUUCCUUGAGCUGGGAAGAGCUUCACUAUUUCCUGCAGCACAGAAUUCAACAAAUCACUGUGAACUUCAGAAAGAGCGACAUUCAGUGCAACAUCAGAGAAAUCCUGCCAUUUCUGAACAGGAUUCGGUUUAAACGGAUGAGCUCUGUCUUCAUGCUGUCAGUAAUCACAGAGAUCUAUGAGAGCCGCUCUGUUGGGAGUGUGUCCGGUCUGUUGAGUUCAGUGCAGAACUACAUCAGCCUCCAGAGCCGAGAUCUGGACUCUGUCCACUGUGCGGCGCUGCGCUUCACACUGCAACACUGCACUGCAGUUUCACUCGACCUGCUGUGGACCUUCAUCCCAGAGGAAGAGCUGGAGAGCAUUGUGCCUCUCUUCAGACAUGUGUCCCGCAUUAGUGUUGACAGGCUGCUGUUACUGAAGAUGCUUCACUGCUGCAGUGUCUCUGAUGUCCAGCAAGAGUUUUCCUCAGUUCUUCUCUCCGUCCUGCAACACAAGCUGGACUUCUCCUGCCGUUCUGCUCUGGAUCUGACAACACACACACACUCUGAGACUCUACAUCUGACCACUGAGGACUGCCGUGUGAUGACCACAGUCAUUCAGAGAGCUCACACAAACACACAGCUGAUCCUACAGGACUGUGAGAUUCACACAGCUGGAAUGGACCAGCUGUUCCCAGUGUUACAUGCUGUUAAACUCUGCUGUGAUAAACCUCUGCUGCUUCAGUUUCUGGCUCGUGUGAGUCCUGAGGAAGCGGAGUCUCUUUCUGGAGCUCUGGGUGACGAGGUGGACCUCAGUCAGACUCCUCUGGAGCCGCAGGUCUGUCGAGGUCUGGCGCUGAUUCUGGAAUAUUCUGAAGGACUGACUGACCUGGAUCUGAGUCAGUGCCGUCUCACUGAUCCCAGCCUGGAUCUGCUGCUCACAAACCUCCACAAAGCACAAAACAUCGAUUUUAGUGGCAAUCGCAUCACUGACACUGGGGCUCAGAGAAUCUACAGUGUCGUCUGUCGCAACAGUGACAUAAAGACAGUAAGGCUCUUCAACAACAGAAUUGAAUCCAGAGAGCUCUUCCUCGCGGACCCACGAUUCGAGAUCUGGUGAUGAUGAUAAACUCUCUCUGGAACAACAAGCAGGAGAAACAACCGAUGCAGAUCUAGAGAGAUGAGGCUCGUGAAAAGGUAACGGGUGUGAAGAAUCGGCCCAUCAGAGUCCCAGAGAUGAAUCUCACUGCAGAUUGUAUACCAUAUACUGUACAGGUUUCAUCAUCAUCUUCAUUCUUCAGUCAUAAUCAACAGUGGGUUUCUGUUUCAAUAAAGCCCCUUUCAUGCAGCGCGUUGAUCCCGGGAAAAUGACAGGAAAUUUAAUAACUAUUUUGUAAAUGAACAAAUCCAUCUGUAAACUUUCUUUCCUCUUCUCCAUCCCUUUAUAUUAUUUUUGAUGCAGGGUUAUAGUUUUUUUAAUAUAGUUUUUAUUUCUAUUUUAAAUUUAAUUUAUUUUUCCCUAUAAUUUAGUUUUAGUGUAGUAAAUAUAGUAAUUUUUCUCAGCAACAGUUUAUUUUAUUUUUAUUUUAUUUUUGUUUUAGUAUUUUUAUGGCUUCUGAAGUAAAUAUGCUUACUGGAAUCGUGUAAAAUAAAAACAGGGUUAAAUAUUCAAGUCUUCCGGUGUUUUUGCUGUAGAGGCUUUUUCAUGGUUAAUUCAGGCGAGAUGUGAAGGUUUCUAGUUUGACGUGUCAUGUAUCAAAACCUAAAAUUAAUUGGUGGUCUAUUUUGGAGCCAUGGUUAUGUUAUGUUUAUCUUAUUUUUUAAUGAAAAUGUUUUCUUUUAGUUUUCUAUACUGAUAAUAUGAAUUUCUUGUCCUUUUCCCCCUUUUUUCCAGGCAAACUAAUUAAUGUAAACAGCCGAAGCAUUCAUGCAGCUUUCAGUCCUUGAGAGAGAUUGUUUAAUCUGUGUAUUUAAAAUAUUUUCCAGAUGUUUGUGCUUCAUUGGAUGUGGGCCUUUUAUUGCAUUUAUUGCACAUUUUCACAAAUGGCAACAGUUUAGAUGUAAACAGUUUUAAGGUUAUGUGUGUAACAUUGAACAACUUGUU